AUUCUCAAUUAUCUCAAAAUACUGCAAAGAAUAGUAAAAAAAAUGGAUGGAGUAGCCCAUCAUUGUGAUCAUCAAGAGAGAAAAGGUAGGAAAGCUUGCAUCAUAGGGGGUACAGGAUUUGUGGCUUCCUUCCUUAUCAAAUUAUUGCUAAACAAUGGCUAUUCUGUAAACACUACUGUUAGGGACCCUGGUAACGAGAACAAGAUUUCACACCUAUUAGCACUGAAAAGUCGAGGCGACUUGAAAAUCUUUAAAGCAAAUCUUACUGAUGAAGGAAGUUUUGAUGCUGCAAUUGAAGGUUGUGACAUUGUUUUUCUAGUUGCUACCCCUGUCAAUUUUGCUUCUGAAGACCCUGAGAAUGAUAUGAUUAAGCCUGCAGUGCAAGGUGUAGUAAACGUCUUGACAAGCUGCGCGAAGGUGAAGUCUGUGAAACGCGUAGUAAUGACUUCAUCUGCUGCUGCUGUUUCAAUCAAUAAUCUCACUGGGGAUGGACUUGUGAUGAAUGAGGAUAAUUGGACUAAUGUGGAUCUUCUUUACUCUGAAAAGCCACCUCUUUGGGGUUACCCUGUGUCUAAGACACUAGCUGAAAGAGCUGCUUGGAAAUUUGCAAAAGAAAACAACAUUGCUCUCAUAACUGUGAUACCAUCUUUGAUUACUGGUGCUUCAGACACCCCUCAAGUCCCUAGUAGCAUUGCUCUUGCUUCAUGCUUGCUAACAGGAAAUGAGAGCCUUAUAAAUGGUAUGAAGGGUAUGCAGUCAUUAUCCGGUUCAAUCUCGCUCACACAUGUAGAAGAUGUUUGUCGUGCACACAUUCAUGUAGCAGAGAAAGAAUCAGCUUCAGGGCGUUACAUCUGUUGUGCUGUAAACACAAAUGUUCUUGAUCUUGCCAAGUUCCUAGUCAACAAAUACCCACACCCCCCCCUAUACAAUCUUCCCAAUGAGAGUUUUGGAGAGUUUCCAUCAAAAGCCAAGUUGAUCCUUUCAUCUGAGAAGCUAAUCAAGGAAGGAUUCGAAUUCAAAUAUGGGAUUGAAGAAAUUUAUGAGUCAACAAUUGAGUAUUUGAAGAGCAAAGGUGUUUUGAAAUAUUAAAGGGGAAAUUAUAUUUACCAUUUUCUGAGCUAAUAAACACUUAUCUACUCUUUUAAGUACAAUAUUUUUAUUCUAUAGUUGGAUUUUCUUGUGCAUUUUUGCUUACAUGACGGUUUCUUAGUUUAAAUAAAUUAUUAUCUACAAAAUAUAUUGUCAGUUUGUAAAUAAUUUGGACACUAAAAGGUUUAGAUUAGAUUAUUUUAUAA